GCCCGUCCUCCCGAGCCCCCCGCCCCUCCCCGGUCCAGGGCGCCGCACCAUGGCCGCAGCCUGGCUCCCGCUCCUCUGCCUCGGUGCGGGGCUGCUGCUGCCCGAGCGCGCGGGCGGCCAGGGCGCCGUGCCCGUCGCUAUCACGUGCUUUACCAGAGGCCUGGACAUCAGGAAAGAGAAAAUAGAUGUGCUCUGCCCCAGCGACUGCCCUCUGGAGGAAUUCUCCGUGUUUGGGAACAUAGUCUAUGCUUCCGUGUCAAGCAUAUGCGGUGCCGCGGUCCACAAGGGGGUGAUCGGCAGCGCCGGGGGGCCUGUGCGCGUCUACAGCCUCCCCGGUCGGGAAAACUACUCCUCGGUCGUGGCCAAUGGCAUCGAGUCUCAGACGCUGUCCAGGUGGUCCGCCUCUUUCACCGUGACCAAAGGCAAAGCUGCCACCCAGGAAGCCACAGGACAAGCCGUGUCCACAGCACAGCCGCCAGCAGCCCCCCCCAACCCCCCAGGUAAACGACUAAAGAAAACACCCAACAAGAAAGCUGGAAAUAAAGACUGCAAAGCAGACAUUGCAUUUCUGAUUGACGGAAGUUUUAAUAUUGGGCAGCGCCGAUUUAACCUGCAGAAGAACUUUGUUGGGAAAGUGGCUCUAAUGCUGGGCAUUGGAACGGAAGGACCACACGUGGGCCUUGUUCAAGCCAGUGAACAUCCCAAAAUAGAAUUUUACUUGAAAAACUUUACAUCAGCCAAAGAUGUUUUGUUUGCCAUAAAGGAAGUAGGUUUCCGAGGGGGGAAUUCCAAUACAGGAAAAGCCUUGAAGCACACCGCCCAGAAAUUCUUCACGGCAGAAACCGGCGUGAGAAAGGGGAUCCCCAAAGUGGUGGUGGUGUUUAUCGACGGCUGGCCUUCUGAUGACAUCGAAGAGGCAGGCAUCGUGGCCAGAGAGUUCGGUGUCAACGUGUUCAUCGUCUCUGUGGCCAAGCCUAUCCCCGAGGAACUGGGCAUGGUUCAGGAUGUCGCCUUCAUCGACAAGGCUGUCUGUCGGAACAACGGCUUCUUCUCUUACCACAUGCCCAACUGGUUUGGCACCACAAAGUACGUCAAGCCUCUGGUGCAGAAGCUCUGCACUCACGAGCAAAUGAUGUGCAGCAAGACCUGUUACAACUCGGUGAACAUCGCCUUCCUAAUCGACGGCUCCAGCAGCGUCGGGGAGAGUAACUUCCGCACCAUGCUUGAAUUUGUCUCCAACAUAGCCCAGACUUUCGAAAUCUCGGACAUCGGCGCCAAGAUAGCCGCUGUGCAGUUCACCUACGACCAGCGCACAGAGUUCACGUUCACCGACUACAGCACCAAGGAGAACGUCCUCGCGGUCAUCCGAAACAUCCGCUACAUGAGUGGUGGGACCGCGACUGGCGAUGCCAUUUCUUUCACCGUGAGAAACGUGUUCGGUCCCAUGCGGGACAGCCCCAACAAGAACUUCCUGGUGGUGGUCACCGACGGGCAGUCCUACGACGACGUCCGAGGCCCUGCUGCCGCCGCACACGAUGCCGGCAUCACCAUCUUCUCUGUGGGUGUGGCAUGGGCACCUCUGGACGACCUGAGAGACAUGGCCUCUAAACCAAAGGAGUCGCACGCCUUCUUCACCCGGGAGUUCUCGGGACUGGAACCCAUCGUUUCUGACGUCAUCAGGGGCAUCUGUAGAGAUUUCUUAGAAUCCCAGCAAUAACGGUGACGUUGUGGCAACUGAAAGAAAAAUUGCAAGAGGAUAUAAUGUAUAAGCUAUAUUCUCUAAUACUGAAAUACUACAGAGCAUACGAGGAUCAGAUACAAAACUAUAUUUGAGAGCCAACUGCUGUUUUAAGCAAAUAAGCAUUCACUUAAAGCUAUUAGCUUUUAAUAACAAUUUAGACUUAACUGUUCACUCUGCUGAGGCUUCAUAAUCAUGACCCUUAGAAACUCAGGAAAAGGGGUAUAUCAUGGAUUAAAACAUUUAAGAGUUCUAUUCUAAUAUGUAUUAAAUGCAGAUAUGAAAAUUCCAUAGCUCAAUAAAAGAAUCUGAUAUUUAGACCAAAAGCAACAUUCCUUUUAUCAUUCUGUAUUAAACAUAUAAGCAAAUAUAAGAAAAACUUAAACAUCUUGACCCAAAUAGAUGUUAUUUAGUAUUCUAAAGUUAUAAUUAGUGAUGAAAUGGAAGGAAUUGGCUAUCGAGCUUAUUUGUAGUGUAUUUUCACAGUAAGUCAUCACACAACAAAAUAGCAGGACUUCCUACUAUUUUUCUAUUUAUCUAAUCCUUAAUUUUUAUGUGUCUGGGUAUAUAUGACUUGUACACUAAAGCCAUUCAUGUACAAAAUGUUAAGUUGGUAAAUUUUUACUUACCACUUACAUAUAAGAAAAGCACAUAUUUCAAAUAGGAGAACUGCAGGAAAAGUAUUGUCAGUUUGACUAUAUUUAAGCAAUAAAACUGCUAGGGACU